GAGGAAAAGAGAGGAGAGGCAGAAGGGAAAGGAGGGAAGAAGGAAGGAUGGAAAGGAGGGAGGGAAGAAGGGGGAAAAAGCCAAUAGGUCAUUUAUAAGGCAUUUAGAAAGCCAUAGCGUGCCUGUCAAAAUAGUUCUGUACACACAGAACCAUCCUCAAUAGAAAAAUCCUGGAAAUUCUUAUGGGGCAGGCAGGUUCUACUUCCUGGUAGGGACAGAGACUGGUGGUGUCUGUCUGUCAUGGUCAUGAAAUUAUUGGCAAAUUUCUAGGAGGUUUCCGGUCCAUUGGAUGACUUUAAGACUUGCACUCCUCCCCUGAAGAUUCAAGGCAAGAAUGUAAGUGAAGUUAAAAAUUAAGUUUUCAGCUUUGACCUAGGGAGAUCAAAAGAUAUGAAGAAUUUAAAUGGCUGAAAUUAGCAAAUCCUGUAAUUCAGUAUUUUUAAAAGUUGAGAGGAAAGUCUGCACAGGGGAAGAAGGAAUCGCUUUUCUGUCCUGAAUCAGUGGAUAGAGAACAAACCCUUCAGCAAGAAGAGAAGCAACCGGAACACCCUUAUGUAAAUGGAUAACCAGGUCCCUCCCAGGAAAGUUCCAAAUUUUUGUUCCAUUCGUUAUGGAAUUGCUCUCUUACUGCUCCUCUGUAAUGUUAUAGUAAUGUCACAGCGCGUGUGUAUGAGCCUCACAAUGAUAGCCAUGGUGAACAGCACAGAGCCACAUGGUUUGUCCAACACCUCCACAAAGGAGCCACAGGAUAACAUAAAGAACCCUGUGUAUAACUGGAGCACUGAAAUCCAGGGGAUCAUGUUAAGUUCCAUCUUCUACGGUAUUCUCAUCAGCCAAAUUCCUGCUGGAUACUUAUCUGGAAUAUACUCCUUAAAGAAAAUGGUUGGUUCUGCAUUGUUCCUCAGCUCUCUGUUUACUCUGCUCAUCCCACUGGCAGCUGAAUUUGGAGAAGCUUUGGUCAUCAUAUGCCGAGUAAUCCAGGGACUAUUCCAGGGGAUAGCAUUAACAACUCAGCAAGUAGUAUGGAUCAAGUGGGCUCCUCCCUUGGAACAAGUCCGACUUACCUCUCUGAGUUUAUCAGGACUUCUGCUAGGACCCUGCAUUGUCCUACUUAUAACAGGAUUCAUCUGUGACUCCCUGGGAUGGCCUAUGGUCUUUUAUAUUUUUGGUGCUUGUGGUUGUGCCUUAAGUCUUCUCUGGUUCGUUCUGUUUUAUGAGGACCCAAAGGACCACCCGUGUAUAAGCAAAAGUGAGAAGGAAUACAUCACGUCCACCCUCGCCCAGCAGGUCAGUUCAAGUGCACCAUCUCUGCCCAUCAAGGCUGUGCUUAAGUCUCCUCCACUCUGGGUCAUUUCCCUCUGUAAUUUUGCUUUUUUCUGGGCAAAUAGCUUCCUGAGUCUGUAUACACCAAUGUUUAUCAACUCCAAGUUUCAUAUUAAUGUAAAAGAGAAUGGGCUGCUGUCUUCCCUCCCCCAUUUGUUUGCCUGGAUUUUUGCUAUCCUAGCAGGUCAUAUGGCAGACGUCUUCCUGUCCAGGAAUAUUCUCAGCCUACUCACCAUCCGGAAACUCUUCACCUUGCUAGGACUUCUCCUGCCCGCCCUCUUCAGCCUGUGCCUGCUUUACCUGAGUUCCAGCUUCCAUGGCACUAUGAUUUUCCUGAUACUUGCUAAUGCAACAGGAAGCUUUUGUAUGGGUGGAAUAUUAAUAAAUGUCUUGGAUAUUGCUCCCAGAUAUUAUGGAUUUCUUAAAGGAUUUACAAAUGUAAUUGGACUAACAGGAGGACUAGUUGCUUCCACUGUGACUGGAGUGAUCCUUAGUCAGGAUCAAGACUCUCCCUGGCUUAAAAUCUUCUUCAUGAUGGUAGCCAAUAAUGUGAUAAGCCUAAUCUUCUACCUUAUAUUUGCUAAAGCAGAAAUUCAAGACUGGGCUAAAGAAACACAAAACACUUAUCUCUGAAGGUAUAAAAGACCUCCCAUUGGAUGAGACAUUGGCUUCCCUGAGACCAAGGUGUCUCCCAUGUAAUUUGGUGGUUCAUUACCUGAAGAUGAAGUGUGUCCUAUUGACUGUGAACGGUCCAUGGAUGGUCCCUGGGAGCUAUAUUUGGCAGUCUCAGUCAUCUGGUAUUUACCUAUAUCAGAGGUGAAUGUUUCUCCUGCUAUCCUGUAUCCUCUACCUUUAUUAAAGCCUUACAUGAGCACGCCCUCUGAAGUUUACGAGUCCUUUCAGUGAUCCAGCCCUGUGUAACUGCUGCAUUCCCCAACAGAAGGAAAUUGGUGUGAGUCUCCCACAGUUGAACUGUGAGUGUGGCCACUGACUUCUCCUGUUUUCAUCUGGAAAAACUAAGUUCACAGAGGUUGGCUAGCUUUGGGUCCCUUCCAGGAAUUAUUUGGAUGUACGACUGGUGCUGAAAUUUCCUGUGACCCAUUGCAUGUGUCACAUUUUACCCAUGUGUCAGAGCAGCUUUAGGGAUGAUCACAGGUCCCUA